AUGGGCUAUGCAGAAGAAGUUUAUGAUUCUACUGAAAGUGAAGGUCAAAUUUGGUAUAUUAAUCAUCAUGGCGUUCAUCACCCUGAAAAGAAGAAAAUUCGUGUAGUAUUUGACUGCUCAUCUAAAUUUCAAGGAAUCUGCCUUAACGACGUUCUGUUACAGGGGCCGGACCUGGCCAAUAACUUGGUUGGUGUUCUGUCAAGGUUUCGCAAAAAUGUGGUUGCUGUACAGGGAGAUAUUCGCUCAAUGUUUUUACAAGUGAAGGUACCCGAAAAACACAGAAAUUAUCUUAGAUUUUUCUGGUGGGAAGACAGCGACAUAAAUAAACCCAUGAAAGAAUUUCGCAUGACAGCUUAUCCAUUUGGAACGGUUUGCAGCCCAAGUUGCUGUAAUUAUGCAUUGAAACAAGCUGCCGAAGACAAUAAACAUGAUUUUGAUAUAAGUGUCAUAAAUGCAAUUAACGAUUCAUUCUAUGUGGAUGAUUUUUUCGAUUCAAGACCAAAUGCCGAAAGUGCCGUUUCUCUUGUGAAAAAUAUUUCUGCUGUCUGCGCAAAAGGCGGAUUUGAAGUUUUAAAAAUGGAUCAAGUAAAUCUAAUCAAGGAAAUUUCUGAAAUUAACCAAUGGUAUUAUGUGCCAUCUAAAUUGAAUCCGGCUGAUGUUGCCUCCAGAGGAAAACAAAUUCCAAAAUCAAGCUCUUUAUGUAAUUUACAACCAUUCUUGGAAAACGGACUACUUCGUGUAGGAGGUAGGAUCAGAGCAGCAAAUGUUGAGUUUAAUGCAAAGCAUCCAAUUAUUAUCCCAAAAGAAAGUAAAAUUGCUUCUUUGAUAAUAGAUUAUGUCCACAGAACAACUGGUCAUAACGGUCGUGAAUAUGUGUUAGCUGAAAUAAAUCAAAAGUAUUGGAUCGUAAAAGGUAAUGCUUUGGUGCGAAGUGUUUUGAGAGGAUGUGUUCCUUGCAGGAAGAGACAACGUCCUCCUGAAUCUCAAUUAAUGGCGGACUUACCUGAGAAUCGCUUGAUACCGGAUAAACCUCCUUUCACAUAUGUUGCAGUGGAUUGUUUCGGUCCAUUCUUGAUCAAGCAAGGAAGGAGCGAGGUUAAACGUUAUGGUGUGCUUUUUACUUGUUUAGUGUCGCGCGCUGUACAUGUGGAAAUAGCAAACAGUCUGGACACUAGUGCUUUCAUUAUGUCUCUUAGAAGAUUCAUAGCAAGGAGAGGUCAAGUUAUUGAGAUGCGAUCUGAUAAUGGCACUAACUUCGUCUCUGGUGAACGAGAACUCAGAGAUGCGAUUAAAUCUUGGAACAAAAACCAAAUUCAUGAUUAUUUGUUACAGAAAAACAUCAAAUGGAUAUUUCAAACGCCUGCUUCAUCUCAUCAUGGUGGUGUGUUUGAGAGACAGAUUAGAACUAUAAGGAAAAUCUUUAAUGCUAUUUGCUGUGAACAAGUGUUGACAGAUGAGAGUUUAAGAACUCUUAUGUGCGAAUGCGAAAAUAUUGUGAAUGGACGACCGAUAACUACGGUAUCGAACGACCCUAAAGAUUUAACUCCAUUAAGUCCAAACAAUUUAUUACUGAUGAAAGAGGAACCAAUGCUUCCUCCAGGUGUGUUUGACCCCAAGGACAUGUAUGUUCGAAAGCGUUGGAAGCAAGUCCAAUAUCUUGCGGAUGUUUUCUGGAAACGUUGGAGAAAGGAAUUCCUUCCGCUUCUUCAAUGUCGACAAAAAUGGAACAAAGUGCAACGAGAUCUUCAAAAGGAUGACAUUGUACUUGUUGUGAAUGAGAAUCAACCACGAAACACUUGGUUGCUGGGACGAGUCAUUGAAACUUACCAGGAUAGCAAGGGUAGGGUUCGUUCCGUGGGUGUUCAAACCAAACAUUCCAUAUUCCAACGCCCUGUGACAAAACUUGUACUUCUGCGUGAGUGUGAUGAAGCAUGA